AUGGCUUCGAAGUCGGUUCCUCGAGGUCUGGACGCUAAGGCAGUUGGACCUCCCAAUCAAACACUCUACUGCACAAACUUACCAGACAAGCUCCGCAAAUACGAUUUGCGAUUGUCACUCUACACUCUGUUCUCCACCUACGGUACCAUCCUCGAUGUCGUAGCCAUGAAGACCAGCAAAAUGCGUGGUCAGGCCCAUAUUGUGUUUAAGGAUGUCCAAGCCAGCACGCAGGCGAUGCGCGCUCUUCAGGGGUUCGAAUUUUUUGGCAAGGAGAUGAAAAUUGUUUAUGGCAAGGGAACUUCGCACGUUAUUGGCCGACUCCGUGGUACAUACGUUGCGCCCGCCACAGGAGCCGGACCUAGCGGAGUUUCGACUGACCUUCAGAAAUCCAUCUUCAGUGGCCCACCGGGCGCAGUCCCUGCACGACCGACCGAAGUCAAUGGAGAGUCGCACGGAACCAAGCGAGCUCGGGAGGAGGAAAGUGAUGAAGAAGAAGCUCCAAUGGAGGACGACAGUGAUGUUCCCAUGGAAGCCUCAUCUGAUGAAGAGGAUUAA